UUUUUUUGCGGAACACGGGCCUCUCACUGUUGUGGCCUCUCCCGUUGCGGAGCACAGGCUCCGGCCGCGCAGGCUCAGCGGCCAUGGCUCACAGGCCCAGCCGCUCCGCGGCAUGUGGGAUCUUCCCGGACCGGGGCACGAACCCGUGUCCCCUGCUUCGACAGGCGGACUCUCAACCACUGCGCCACCAGGGAAGCCCAGAUAUUGACACUUUUAACGCAUACCAGAAUCUGUUUGCAUGACCAACUGCCCGACGCUCAUUGUCAUGGUGGGGCUGCCUGCCAGGGGCAAGACCUACAUCUCUAAGAAGCUGACCCGCUACCUGAACUGGAUUGGCGUGCCCACACGGGAAUUCAACGUUGGCCAGUAUCGCCGGGACAUGGUCAAGACAUACAAGUCUUUUGAGUUUUUUCUUCCAGACAAUGAAGAGGGCCUGAAAAUCAGGAAGCAGUGUGCCCUGGCAGCCCUCCGAGACGUCCGGCGGUUCCUUAGUGAGGAGGGGGGGCAUGUGGCGGUGUUUGAUGCAACAAAUACCACCCGAGAACGGAGAGCGACCAUCUUUAAUUUUGGGGAACAGAAUGGCUACAAGACCUUUUUUGUUGAGUCCAUCUGUGUGGAUCCUGAGGUCAUAGCUGCCAACAUCGUGCAAGUGAAACUGGGCAGCCCUGACUAUGUCAACCACGAUAGCGAUGAGGCCACGGAGGACUUCAUGAGGCGCAUCGAGUGCUAUGAGAAUUCAUAUGAGUCACUGGACGAGGACCUGGACAGGGAUCUGUCCUACAUCAAGAUCAUGGACGUGGGGCAGAGCUACAUUGUGAACCGCGUGGCUGACCACAUCCAGAGCCGCAUUGUGUAUUACCUCAUGAACAUCCACGUGACGCCCCGCUCUAUCUACCUCUGCCGGCACGGGGAAAGUGAGCUCAACCUCAAGGGCCGGAUUGGCGGGGACCCAGGACUGUCCGCCCGGGGCAGGGAGUUUGCCAGGAGUCUGGCCCAGUUCAUCAGGGAUCAGAACAUCAAGGACCUAAAGGUUUGGACAAGCCAGAUGAAGAGGACAAUCCAGACGGCUGAGGCCCUGGGUGUGCCUUAUGAGCAGUGGAAAGUUCUCAACGAGAUUGAUGCGGGCGUCUGUGAGGAAAUGACCUACGAGGAAAUUCAGGAUCAUUAUCCACUGGAAUUUGCCCUGCGAGACCAGGACAAGUACCGGUACCGGUACCCCAAGGGGGAGUCCUAUGAGGACCUCGUCCAGCGACUCGAGCCUGUCAUCAUGGAGCUGGAGCGGCAAGAGAACGUGCUGGUCAUCUGCCACCAGGCUGUGAUGCGCUGCCUCCUGGCCUACUUCCUUGACAAGGCGGCAGAACAGCUGCCUUACCUCAAGUGUCCGCUGCACACAGUCCUGAAGCUGACCCCUGUGGCUUAUGGUUGUAAAGUGGAGUCCAUAUUCCUGAAUGUGGCGGCCGUGAACACGCACCGGGACAGGCCUCAGAAUGUAGACAUCUCUCGGCCUCCAGAGGAAGCCCUUGUCACGGUCCCUGCUCACCAGUGACCGUGUGUCGUCCACUGCGACCCCCGGGCAGGUGUUGAUCUCUGCGGACGAGGUCAUUCCAGGCCCUCUGGUCUGUGUGACAGUCACCACACAGGAACACCCUCAAAGCCAUGCAUGGCUGGUGGCACCCAGAAUCCCAGUCCCAGCCCACCUGUUUCCUUGUUGACAGUGUCAGGGUUGUAUGCGGUGCCCAACCUGCUGCUAAAAACCACUUGGCCUGACUGCAUCUGCACCGGGCUGGUGAGAGGUUUCCCAGCCCCUGAUCCUUCUGUUCUCUCUUACCGGCCGGGUGGGCUUUGUGAAGUGUGAAACCCAAAAAUGUGAAAUGGAAAGCACUUGCUGUGAUGUUUCCACCCACUGAGGCCGAGCUGCCUGGGUAGACCUGGGGACCCCUGCCAGGGCUCUGCUGCCCUCUCUUUGGCCACUUCCUGAGCCAGAGGCAAGGUGUUCAUGAGCUGCUGCUGCUUCAGUAAGCGGGAAAGAGCCAUCCCUAUCCUGCCUCGCCAGGAACUGAAGAGCUUCCGCCAAGGCAGCCACCUCCUCUGGCCAGACCCUUCGGUCCGUGCGUCUGCAUUUGUGGACGCUCAGGAAAGCAGUGUGUUCACUUCAGCACAUGGGAAUGCACAGAAUCAUGCAGGGAGCAGGGUGUUUGCGAUUACCCCUUCCCAAUUAUGCCUACACUGGAAUACUCGUGGGAGCUGGUAGCCAAGGCCACCCCUCUCCAACUGCUCUCAUGGUGCAACAUGUAAAGAAAGACGUGAAGACGGGACAGUUGUAUGAGUCGCCCUUCCCAGUGCUCGAGGGAGAGGCUGCCCUCCCAUCUUCCUCUCCCGGCCAUGCCCCUGGGCUACCUUGCCCGCUGCUGCCUGUGUCCACGCAAGAGGGUACACUGGUGGCAGGGACCUGCAUUUGCUGUGAAGGAUUCGGAAAAGCUUGCAUGGUCCUGCAAAGUCUGUCCUGGCGUUUGUCGACCUCUACCCACGGGACUAAGCACGGGAAAGCCCAGAGCUGGAGGCAGCCCCGGCCAGGGCAGGAUUUUCCCAGCUUCUGAUUCUUGUACACAGGAGCCUGAUGAAAACGACCUCGGGAAGCCUGCCAUCUGUCACGCCCCUGAGUUCUUUUGGGCCCAGGGAGUUGGGCUGGGCCGUGGGUUCUGGCUCCAUUUUGUAGCUGGGAGAACAGGCUGGCCAGCAAGUUGUGAGGCUGGGUGAGGAAGUGUGUGGAUUUGUAGUUGGAUGCGCUGCUGUCCACAGAUGGUGGUCCUUGGUGAAGUCAGGCCCCAGGAUCCUGUGUCCCUGGCCCAGGCUGAUGGCCUCUCGGCCUCGAGUGCCACAGCAGCUAUGGACAGAUGUGGGUGGAGAGAUAUCCAGGACAGAGCUGUGGCAGUACCCUCCUUCUGGACUUAUCUCCUGUCAGAGCCCCAGGCCCCUUAGACCCAGGGCCAGAGGGCCACGCUAUUGCCUUUGGGAUGUGGGGACUGCAGCCUUUGCUUCCAUGUCCACCAGAGUAUUGGUGACUUUUGGUCAUGUUCAGUUGUUGGCCAUAGCAGGUCCCUUUGGUCAGCGGCAUGUACAUCUAGAUGUCACCACCUCUCCAAGACCUCAGGCUGGCUGAGGUGAGACCAGCGAGGCCUUUUCUCUCUGUCCAGAGGGCAGCCAGGAGCUACUGGAGACGUGUCACAAGGACUGGGAUGGGGCAGAGGGAAGUCUGGGAUCCCAGCAGGGCUCACCCGGAGCCAGCUUUGCAUGGGCAGCCGUCCACCUGGCUGGCUGCCCGGUUGUAGCCGGGACGGUUGAUGUGCUCCUGUUGCAGACAUGUUUCCUGCUCACCCUGGAAUGGAUGUUGUUGGAUCUCGGCCACAUGUCACACUGUGUCCAACAUUCUUUGCAAUA